AUGGAUAGAGCAGAGCAAGCUGAGGUGAUUGACUUGCUUAUAACCGGAUAUGUCAAUCGCUUUAUAACAACUUCGGAAGCAAUUUUCAUGUUAAACGUUCUCUCUAAAUACCCACUUACUUCAUCACAUUCAUUCGUCUUAAUUCCACACACUGCCGCCCGUUUGGGGUUAGACAUGGUACUUGAGAGGUGUGUUGAGAUAUACCCAGACUCAAUUGAAGUCGUGAACUCAUUCAAUGAAACUCCUUUAUUCACUGCUAUUAGAAAUUGUCAAUACAAAACAGCUGAACUUCUCUUGAGACUGAAAGCAAAUGCGUCACAUUUGAACAGAACUGGAGACUCAAUACUUCAUGUGGUUUCUUCAAAUCCAUGUUCUGAAGAAAAGAUGGCAAUUGUCAGGGCCCUCUGUGGUAGAUGCAACUUGGAAAACACUAAAAACAUAUUUGGCGAGUACCCCCUUCACUUCGCUGCACGCUCUGGAGACUUUGAAACAACUCAAUUUUUAAUGAGUCUAAUUGGUGAAAAAAAUGCUAUCCCAAUGUCCUCAGUGUUUGAUUAUUCCUUAGAAUCAGGUCAAACAACAGUCAUUGAAUUCAUCAAAUCGCACAUUUCAAAAUCACAGAGAACUGAAUUAGUGAUAUCAAAGCCAUUGUCACCAAUUGAAGUCAAGUCUGACUUUAAAGACCAAGGGGAGAAUACAGUCGAGAAGUUGUUGGACACUUACAAACAAUUUCAGACAAAGAACACAACCGUCCUAACUAAAUUGCUUCAUAUAGUGAUUGGGACUGAAGAGGAGUUUGUGAAUGACACAAUGCGAAUGCUUCAGUUAUCAUAUUCAGACACAAUGUUGAAAGCGCCAAAUGUAUUUGGCGGUCAUAGGAAGUAUAAAAUACUUUCAUUAGAUGGUGGUGGACUUAAGGUGAUGUUAGAAGUCAUUAUCUUACGACGAAUCAUCGAGCACAACCCUAAAUUUAUCGAAAACACAAACUUGUUUUGUGGAUGUUCUGCGUCGUCUGCUGUCGCGUGUUGUCUUGCUUUGGGACAUUCAGUGGACAAAUUAAUACCGUUGUUCACUAACAUGAUGAAAUUCUCAUUCAAAUCAAAUUCGUUUCAACCGGUGACCUCUGCACGUUACUCAACAACGUACUUGUCACACUUUUGUAGAUGCGCAUUUGCAGAUAUUCCAAUCAAAUAUCUACCAAGACAUGUGCUUAUUCCAGCCUUUUUAAUGGACUCUAAUACACAAACAAAUCGACACUCAGAGGCAGUCAUCUUCUCUAAUUUGAAUGAAGACAAUUCAAACGACUUAGUUAGAGACAUCUGUUUGAGAAGUGCAGCAGCCCCAACUUAUUAUAAACCCUACCAAAAUUAUAUUGAUGGCGGACUUAUUGAGAACAAUCCAGUGGCUUGCGCGUGGCCAUAUCUCUUUGGGGAAAAUGGCAUAGGCAUCGACCAAAAGGAUAUCGUGUGUCUCUCCAUCUCUGCUGGAUUACCAUCACCCGCCUUUAUCGAUUCACGCAAAAUCGGAGAUGGUGGAAUAGCAAAUUGGGCAACACAAAUUUCUGAAGCGUUUUUGUUAGCCAAACGGAGUGAGAGUGUGAAUGCGUCGAGGAGGUUACUUGGGGAAAGGUACUUUAGAGUUGAUCCUCAAUAUUCGAAGUACAUUGAAUUAGAUGAUGUGAAUGGAAUAGAUGAAGUAAUUAAGACUGCUGAAGAGUGUGAUUUAGAUGACCUCUACAAGUGGAUAGAUACCCAUUGGAUCUAA